CCCCGCGCUCCUGCUUCACUUCAGUAAGUUGACAAUGACCUCUGCAAGCCGCAUAACCGCUCACCAACAUAUUGCUUUAGAGAUGUACGGAUCUCACCCUUACUCGAAUUCUUCCAGUCAAAAAAAUUCAGGGCCUCCGGCACCAGAAUGGCGAGUUCCAUCAACUGCGCAACAGCGGCCCUCACGGAAGCCUACGCCUGGGUCUACUCCUCCACCGCCGCCGCCACAUCCUCCACUGUCGGCAUCUUCUUAUAAUCCGAACACCUACGGCUCUAUAUCUAGUCAUUCGCAAGUUGCGUCUAACGUCGGUGCAAGUGGAUCGCCAGGCGCUAGUUCUGCGACUGUAGAUACGACUGCCUGGGGGGUAAAGUACAAUAGGCAGCAAUAUCCUAUCUACGCACCUCCGCCGCUCCCUCCUCGACCCUCAAGUACUCCUGGCCAUUCUUCCAGUGCACAGUCUCCGAUAGUGAGCCCGUCUGGUACAACAAAGCCUUUAGCAGCCGCUCCAACGUAUGGCCCUUUGUCGUCUGCCGCGGAAUACCAGCCGCAAUGGACGACAAAUGCUCCAUAUGCAUCACAACUGCCUGCUGUUAAUUCUUUGCCGCCGCCGCCGCCUCCAGUUCCUCCUGGAUACCAAAACCCAACGCCACAGCAAGGUUGUCAAACACCACAACAGUUGUCGCCUCCACCAUAUUCGGUCCUUCCUCCUGCAGAGUCAAAAGAUAGUAGCGCCCAGCAGCAUGUUUCAAUCUCUUCUACACACGCCCCAUCGCUUCAGCCAACACCUUUGGGGGAAGUUCCAGUGUCCGCUGCAAAUACUUCAUCAUGUGGAGGAGCCCUUCCUGUGACUGCUCCCCCAGUCCCUCCUAAAACCAGCGCCAAUAUUAUUCCCACAAGUACCUUUCCAUUGGAUCCUUGGGGCCCGUCCGACUGGGAACACUUGACACCCGCUCCAGGAGACAUUGAUGAUGUAGAAGCUCUUGGGCCUAAACAGAACGCUGCUCACCUGGGUGCUACUUCAGAGCUACCGCCAAGCUAUCCAGCACCCAUGCCCAGUACAACUUCAAACAGCCAGACUAUAGAUUACACGCCGUCUCCAAAUGUGUCACCUAUAACCCAGCCUAUGCAUACACAGAACGGCACAAUGGGCCAGAACACCCCUGUUAGUUCGAGCAUAACACAGGGUACCCAAGAACCGCCUCGACCAGUGAGAAUGGACACAUCCGAAUCGAUAUAUAGUAUUGCAUCUGCCACCGAAACCUCUGAGAGUAUCGAUGGUGUCAUUGAAGCUUGGAAUCGGCCCGUUACUGCAGACCCUCAACCCUCAGCCUCGCAAUCCGAUCAGCGCACUUCCUCUCAGACGGAUCAUCCAACACCAAUGCAGAAGCUCAGCCCACUUGAGAUCCCUAAACCAAAACAAGAUUUCAGUAUACCACGAAAAGAGAUUCAGUCGGGUGUGAAUACCCCCCGAUCAAGCAAUACUCCCAACGAAGUGAGCGCAAAAGUGGACGCAUCUUCUCCACAGCUCAAGCUGUUAGACCCUUAUGACGACUUGGACCCAUGGUCAAAGUCCUCCUUAGAGCGUUAUGUGGCAAUGUUGCGUAAGGAGGCCGUCGCUGAUUCUGAUGCAGAACGUUUCAAGAUAUUCACGGCCUUUAUGUCCAAGGAGACGAAACUUCGUGAGAUUUUGUACAACAUCGAGCAUGAACCGGAACUUGAAGAUGUUGCUGAUCAACGACCAACAUCAGAUUUGCAGCAGUCCGGUAGAACUACACCGCCGAUUGAGUCAGGCUUGAUUCCGGUUGAGCUAGAGGAAAGCAAUGUAGAAUCAGCCGAUGUUUCGGAAGACCUGGAGGACGGAAAGUAUAGCCCGGGAGGACGUCCUAUUCUUCCUAGGGUUCACACGCCUAGUACUCUUGGUCUCGAGAGGCCUGCCUCUCAACCACCGGGCAAAAGCCAUAACUCAGGGCAGCAACAUCAGUCUCAGGCACUAAGAGCUACGUCGGUGCCGCCUUCUCUGCUUGGUAAACAGGAGCUGUCUCCUUUAAUGAGCAACCCUCCGCAGCCUAUAUACACACCGUUUCGUUACACCGAAGGCCCUCAGCGGGGCUCUGAUCACCUUGUGGUUGGUCGCCCUGCAUACCAGGCCUACUCGGCCUUGCGACAAGCCUCAGCAGAAAGCGGACGGGUGAUGUCGAACGCCCCUCUCUUGGGGUCUCAAGAAGAUCCAAAUUCCACGACUACUCAUGCGGGAAAUAAUGGGCAUGAUGAAACUUUCAUCGGCCUAAUCAGGGAGAAAAGCGUUACAUAUCGCAAGGCGUCGCGUAGAAAGUCAUCCCCGCCUCCUUUACCAAUGUCCCUCAGACAGGGGAGGCCUACUGGCCCAGUUGACGACCUGCGUUCUAUGGUAUCGUCACCCCUGGCCAAGCAGUCAGAAAGCUCAUGGCACAUCACAACACGAAAGGACCUAGAGAAGUAUUCAAACGACUUUGAUUAUAUCCAAGAGGCAGUCAACUCCUGGGAAACAGCGAGCAAAUCUCGCAGAGAGAAUUUGGACAAGGAACGUAUGCAUCGCCAAGAGCUGUCGGAGAAGCGAAUUGAUGAGUUGUUCAAUGGAAGAGAGAUAGGAUAUGCAGACAUCAAUGUCCUAGAGGAGGAUUUCCGCCAAACGGAGGCUCGUGCCCAGUUAGAUGAGGAAAGAAAAGAACUGGAAGACUAUAUUGCAGAAGUGUUCAACCCCUUGGAUGAGCGCCUGAAAAAAGAAAUAUCCGCACUCCAAGCCCAGUAUGACUCUGCGCUUGGCCAGCUUGACCACGAGAACAGCAAGAUCAAGAACUCAGUAACGGACAAGUACAACUUGUCUCAUACGAUGAAAACGGUCAAUGAGAUUUACCAAAAACUCGAGAAUCGAUACCAGAGACGUCUUGAAAUUGCUUUAGACCGUGAACACCGGCGAAAGAAGACCGAAAGACGGCCCCUCGUUUUCAUUGGUGACUCAGUAGCCCUCAAGCAAUUGGAUCAAGAAUUCGAUGAAAUGGAGAAGCGAAAUGUUUUAGAAGCGGCGAAAGAUCGAGAUCAGAGGGCUAACAGGCUCAUGGAUUCAUUCGAUGAUGCAAUCAUGCACGGCCUGGGUGAGAAUCAAUGUCUUCUCGACGACGUUGCAGGGAAAUUAUCGAAGAUUGAUACCGCAGCCAUUCGUUCGUCUAGUUUGGCUGACUCUGAGAUCGAAAAUAUGUUGAAGUCGGUCUACAAUCUUGUGGAUUCGCUCCGUCAAGACUCCGAAUCCAUCUUGCACAAUUUUGGUAUUGCAGAUCUAGUUCUCAAUGAUGCUGAUUACGGCGUUUCCGUUGCAGAAGCGCGUUAUGCCAACGCCGAUACCGACGUAUUCCAACGACUUGAGCAGGAGAAAAAGAAAGAGGAUUCUAGAAUCCAGGCAGACCUCAAGUCUAAGCUGGAUAGUGUUCGCGCCGGACCAGCCGAAAUAACUGCUACCAUAAACGAUCUCCUUAAGGCUUCAGGUAAAGCUCCCAUUGUCAAGCCAAACCGCCCGUCAGUCUCUGUCCCUACAUAUCAUCCUAUCGAUAUCCUCUUCCCUGGCCCUCGUCCUACUGCCAGUGCUGGUCCCAAACCGCCUACUGAAGAUUCGGAACACCAGGAGCGGCUUCGGAGAGCUCUAGAAAAUGCAAAGAAGAGAAAUGCCUCAAGAAAUACUUCGCAACCGCAGAAUUAGGCACCGUUGGAGGUUAUUACCUUCUAUAAUAAAUACUAUAAUUUUUAUGCGGUCAUGAUUUUUUUUUUUUUUGGGAAGUUUUCUAUUCUUAGGGAUUUUACAGGGCCUCUUAUUAUAGAUCUAUCAACCCCAUGAAAGAUCGAUAAUAAGUAUGCAGUCUGUUAGUUAAACAAUAAGGUUCAUUCUAACAUAUAGGAUAUGGUUCAUCUUUGUCACACUGCCUUAGAGGUCAUUUAUCUGA